UCUGAAAAAGCGCCUGUAACGUGCAGCAGGUGCGCGUGCCGGUCGUUUAGAGGGAUUACGGUAAAAACCCCUCCACGCUGUUCUCGGUUCAUCGCGGAGCCCAAACAUCGAGUGACAGCGGCGCUCGGAUCCGCUCCAACACCGAGAGCUAAAGGUUGACGUGUGCGCGGUGGGGAAGUGUGUUUUUAGUUAUGACGAACCCUUACGCACACACCAUCGAGCCUCUGGACCCCCAGAAGCCCGACCACAAGUUCUUUAACCUUAAAAAGCUCAAAGACCCCAGAUAUGACCAGCUCCCCUUCUCCAUCCGUGUGCUGCUGGAGUCCGCCGUGAGGAACUGUGACGAGUUCCUGGUGAAGACGGAGGACGUGGAGAAGAUCCUCAACUGGAAGGUGACGCAGAGCCAGACCGUGGAGGUGCCUUUCAGACCGGCCCGAGUCAUCCUGCAAGACUUCACGGGCGUUCCUGCAGUGGUCGACUUUGCAGCCAUGCGCGACGCAGUGAAAAAACUACAGGGCGACCCGGAGAAGAUUAACCCGGUGUGUCCGGCAGACCUCGUCAUAGAUCACUCCAUUCAGGUCGACUUCAACAGGAAGUCUGACAGCCUUCAGAAGAACCAAGACCUUGAAUUUGAAAGGAACCGAGAACGAUUUGAGUUCUUGAAGUGGGGUUCUAAAGCGCUCCGGAACAUGCGGAUCAUUCCUCCAGGCUCGGGAAUAGUCCAUCAGGUCAACCUGGAGUACCUGGCCAGGGUCGUGUUUGAGCGGGAAGGGUACUACUACCCCGACAGUCUGGUGGGGACGGACUCCCACACCACCAUGAUCGACGGGCUGGGAGUGCUGGGCUGGGGUGUUGGUGGCAUCGAGGCGGAGGCGGUCAUGUUGGGUCAACCCAUCAGUAUGGUGCUGCCAGAGGUCAUCGGCUACAAACUACAGGGAACACCCAACAAAUACAUCACCUCCACUGACAUCGUGCUCACUGUCACCAAGCAUUUGCGGCAGGUUGGGGUGGUGGGAAAAUUCGUGGAGUUUUUCGGCCCCGGUGUUGCUCAGCUGUCCAUCGCUGACCGCGCCACCAUCGCCAACAUGUGCCCUGAGUAUGGAGCCACCGCUGCCUUCUUCCCUGUAGACCAGAUCAGCAUUCAUUAUCUGAAGCAGACGGGGAGGGACACUGAGAAGCUGAGUUACAUUGAGAAGUAUCUGAAAGCGGUGGGCAUGUUCAGAGACUACAGUAACACCGCUCAAGAUCCACAGUUCACUCAGGUUGUUGAGUUGGAUCUCAGCACGGUCGUGCCCUGCUGCAGCGGUCCCAAGCGGCCACAGGACAAGGUGGCUGUGUCGGAGAUGAAGCAGGACUUCGAAACAUGUUUAGGGUCCAAGCAAGGCUUCAAAGGAUUCCAGGUGGCUCCUGAGCGUCAUGAUGUUCGAGUGCCCUUUCAGUUUAACGGAGCCGAGUACUCGCUGUCUCACGGAUCCGUGGUCAUCGCCGCCAUCACCAGCUGUACCAACACCAGCAACCCCUCAGUCAUGCUGGGAGCAGGUCUUUUGGCGCAGAAGGCUGUAAAGGCUGGUCUCAGUGUGAAGGCUGUAAAGGCUCUUUCUCAGGCAGUGAAGCCGCACUACCUUAAAGAGCGGCCAGUCUUUCUCCAGGCAGGUUUCGAGGUGGUCGGUUACGGCUGCAUGACCUGUAUUGGAAACAGUGGGCCUCUCCCAGAGCCGGUCGUAGAGGCGGUUACUCAGGGUGAUCUGGUUGCUGCCGGCGUCCUGUCUGGAAACAGAAACUUCGAGGGUCGCGUCCAUCCCAACACACGAGCCAAUUACCUGGCCUCUCCUCCUCUGGUCAUCGCCUACGCUAUAGCAGGCACCGUGAGAAUAGACUUUGAAAAAGAGCCUUUGGCUGUGAACUCCCAGGGAAAAGAGGUGUUCCUGAGGGACGUCUGGCCCACGCGGGAAGAAAUCCAGGCGGUGGAGAGACAGUUCGUCAUCCCUGCCAUGUUUAAGGAGGUCUAUGAGAAAGUUGAGAAAGUGAACGAACGCUGGAACUCUCUGAAAGCUCCUUCUGACAAGCUCUAUACCUGGGAUCCCAACUCUACUUACAUAAAGCCUCCUCCUUUCUUUGAUGGACUGACCCAGGAGCUCCAAACACCGAAGUCCAUAACAGACGCGUAUGUGCUGCUCAAUCUGGGAGACUCCGUGACGACGGACCACAUCUCUCCGGCUGGAAACAUCGCUCGUAACAGUCCUGCCGCGCGAUACCUGACCGGCCGCGGACUCACCCCGAGAGAGUUUAACUCGUAUGGUUCUCCGGGGAACGACGCAGUCAUGGCUCGAGGAACGUUCGCCAACAUCCGCCUCCUGAACAAGUUUAUAAACAAGCAAGCGCCGUGCACCAUCUACCUUCCUUCUGGAGAGACGAUGGACGUGUUUGAUGCUGCAGAGAAAUACCAGCAGGCUGGCCAUCCUCUCUUGAUUCUGGCUGGCAAAGAGUACGGAUCAGGAAGCUCUCGAGAUUGGGCGGCUAAAGGGCCCUUCCUGCUGGGCAUCAGAGCCGUGCUGGCCGAGAGCUACGAGCGCAUCCAUCGCAGCAAUCUGGUCGGGAUGGGCGUCAUCCCUCUGGAGUACCUGCCGGGUGACAGCGCUGAAAGCCUGGGGCUCACCGGCCGCGAGCGCUUCACGGUCGUCAUUCCUCCUCAGCUCACACCCAGAAUGACCGUGGACGUCCAGCUGGACACCGGCAAGAGCUUUCAGGCUAAGAUGAGGUUCGACACGGACGUGGAGCUCACCUACUUCCGUCACGGCGGGAUCCUCAACUACAUGAUCCGCAAGAUGUCGGAAAACUGAAGACGUUUUCUCGUUGCGUCCCGUCGCUGCUUUCGUCUCUCUUUUAAGAAGCGAGCGAUCCGGCGUUGAAGCGUUGAGCGUGCUGCGACGUUCAGAGGACGCUCCGGGAUCGAAGGGGAAGUCUGUAACACAUUCAACCGGCUCCGCUCUAAUCCUACCUCAGCGUCUUCAUCACGGUUAAUCUUCAUAAUUACUGUACUUACACUAAACAAGCUCUUUGCUGCGUUUUUGUUCGUCGUAACGGCGUAAACAUUAUGCACAGCUUUUGUUUUAUUUUUCAAAAGAUGAUUCCGUUUACUGAUUGUUUUUUGAGUUUGUGCGUUAACUUCAGACCCGAAACACUGGAGAAAAUGCAGUUUAAAGCAAACGGCGCACCAGAUGAAUCCCUUUAACGGCCGUCGGUCAUGAUGCACGCUUGAAAGUGCCUGUGUUUUCUCUCGAAGCCAGCCCGUGCGCAUCUCGUUCCAGUUUUUACUUCUCGCGCGUCUGCGUUUCUGUGCAAAGCGACUGAAGAAAAUCCGAUUUCAUUCCCCGCUUGCGAAAGGGUGCUUGGGAAUCAGGUGUGUGUUUGCCGAUUUAAGACACUUUAGACUUUAUCUGUCCGUCUUUUGAGGAAAAAUCGCAUUAGCCGUUAUAGAGAUAUUUGAAAGUCCUAAUUAUGAAACCCACUUGAAGGGGUAUAGUUCAUCAUUCCAGUGCAAAUGACAUUAAUUAUAUCCUCUGUAAAAGCGUUUCAAGGCUCUUUAGUGAUUUUGUAAAGCAGCCUUCUUCUUGUGCUCUAGCAGACUUGACUCACCUUCAUUUUUAAGAAAAUCAUUCUUUGUAGUUUUUGUGGAAUCGAAAAUAAAUGCUCAUUUCGUCUGUGUUUUGGUUUGGUUUUUAAUGUGCAACAUAAAACGUCUUUAUGUCGUGGUAAUAGCAAAUGUUCAUGCAAUGAUAUUUACAUGAAUGCAAUAAAUUGUUAAUUCAGAUGUUAUUAUUUUCAUCCAGAUCAUACGACAACCAGACUUUUACUGUUAUAUAUGUGUGUGUGUAUAUAUCUGUUCACCUUGUGGCAAUAAUAUUUUCAGAUUACUUCUAAUUUGAUAGAAAAAUGUUAUCAAAUGCAUUUAAAAAUGUCACAAAAUGUAAUUUUGCUAAAAAUGUGCUCACCCUAAGGCAAUGUAAAAUGUAGACGAUAGAGAUGAAUUUUGAGAAUAAUAAAAAAUAAACAAUUAUUCAGA